CCUACUUCUACGUAAAGUUUGAUAACACAUAAACUAUGACCGUGUGCAUUUGACAUGUUUUAAAAUAAAUAACUUUAACACCGUGAUUUUGAUACAGUUGAAAUGGAACAUCAUUGCGCGUGGAAGCUUUUUUGUAAAGAUUCAGUAAACUAAGUGGUGGGUGCUUUCGUCUCGAUGUGCGUCCGGCGCGCGCGGAGGGAGCAUGCUGGUGCCCCUCUUAAUACUUAGCACCGCCCUCGCGGCAGCCAACUCCGGGAAACACGGAGGCGUAGAAGUCCCAGAAUUCGGGGAGCCGAUAACGAAUCUAACGGUGCCAAUCGGACGAGACGCCACCUUCGAAUGUAUCGUGGUCAAUCUUGGCAACUACAGGGUGGGCUGGGUGAAAGCAGAUACGAAGGCGAUCCAAGCAAUCCACGAGCAUGUGAUCACCCACAACCAUCGAGUCACGGUGUCUCAUAGUGACCACUCCACCUGGUAUCUUCACAUCAAAAAUGUCCAGGAGGAAGACAGGGGGCAGUACAUGUGCCAGAUCAACACUGACCCGAUGAAAAGCCAGAUGGGGUACCUAGACGUGGUGAUCCCACCAGAUUUCAUUCCCGAGGAGACUUCGGGAGACACGAUGGUACCCGAAGGAGGCACAGCGAGGGUGUCGUGUCGGGCGCGGGGGGUGCCCUCGCCCAGGGUCAUGUGGAAGCGGGAGGACGGCCAGGAGAUCGUGGUACGAGACAACACUGGUGCUAAAAGCAAAGUGUUAACGUACCAAGGUGAAGUGCUGAAGCUGUCGAAGAUAUCCCGCUCGGAAAUGGGGACUUACUUGUGUAUCGCCAGUAAUGGGGUCCCCCCGACGGUCAGCAAGAGGAUACACAUUAGUGUACAUUUUCACCCUGUCAUACAAGUACCGAACCAGCUGGUGGGAGCUCCUCUGGGCACCGACGUGACUCUCGAAUGCUACGUUGAAUCUUCUCCGAAAUCGAUCAACUACUGGGUGAAAGACCCUGGUGAGCUGAUAAUACCCUCGGAGCAUCACGAGAUGACAGUCAGGCAAAAGUCUGUAUUUGAAGCUGAAAUGACGAUGACGAUUAAGAACAUUCGUAGAGAAGACUUAGGAAGCUACAUUUGCGUGGCCAAAAAUUCACUCGGGGAUGUGGAAAGCAAAAUUAGAUUAUACGAAAUCCCCGGCAACGACAGGCACGUGUACCAGUACCCAGAGGCCACGGCUGAAGAAGACUACGGCACAGAGGUCUACGACGACGCAGACACAGACAUCAAAAGCAACCGCGUCCCCGACCGAGCCAACAAAUGGUAUGCAAACGAUGGUAAAACAGUUGUGGCUAUCACCAAUGCUGGCCACAAGAUGGCGGCUGCAGUCAUUUUUCUGAGUUAUCUGAUGAUUAUCCUGUAAUCAAUAGCCAAACCUUAUGAUUAUUAUAUUCAGGUACUUUUUAAUCGUUAUUGUUAAAUUCUAUUUGUACAAAUGUUUUACAUUUUAUCAAGGCAGUUAAAACACUAUUUUAUCAUCAUCCGCCUACCCUUCUCCCACAAUAUCAGGCACCGGUAAAGCGGCAUAUAAGUGUUAUUCACUUUCUUUUUUUUUUGUCCAAGAAUAAUCCAAAUGUGUAUAUUUUUUUUAUUAAACACAACUAUAUCUUUUAUUUUAUUUUGUAUUCCUUACUAUAUUUUAAAGCUGUUAGUAUAUACUCCAUAACCGUGUAACGUGAUAAUAACUAGUUAUAAACGAUGUAUAUAGUAUAUUAGGCAAAUAUCGAAUGCAUUAUAAGAUUACAUUAUAAAAAUGUCAUAUUAAAACAUACUUCGAACACUUACUGUUAAUAAAUAUCUCUCGAAGUAUAACAAUGUUUAUUGAAUGUGCCAUGUAAAUUGCUAAUAUUUUAAAUAGAAACAUCUCUAUACCAUAGAGUUUUUAUUGAUCGUGAGUUUUAAAAUGUAAAUAUAUUUAUCGUUUAAUGUAAACUGUUACCAAUAUGAACUUUCAAAUACAAACAAAUAUACUUGAAAGGUUACGGCUUUGUAUGACUUUCAACUUGUUUACAGUGCUUGAACUUCAUUUGCAACUUAUAUUGGUGGAUUAAAAGGAAAACUUUUAAAGUUUUACUUGACAAUUCAAGUUAUUGUUUCUAAGGGUUUGGCUUCACUUAGCAGACAGUGGCGGGCUGACAUAGCUGUUCUAUGUAUAUUGGUAUACUGUUAUGCAAUACCAUACUCACAUCGGACUUUAUAUACCUAUUUGCAUAGAGUCUGUUUAUAAAAAGUAAUAAAUUCAUGAGGGUGCUAUUUCAAGCUGGCUACACUGAGUGUUUAUCGACCAAUCUCAGCCAUAUUUGGUAUUGCUAUGGUAAAAAAAAUAGUUUGUUAAAAAUCCGUUUUCUACUCUUUAGACUGUAUUUGAUACAUACCGUUAUGUUUAAGUGAGGUCGAAGGUCUAAGGGAGGGUUGUACUCAACUUUGACGAUUACUUUAACGUGCGCAGAAAAACGUAAGGUAUGCCAUUUUGUCUAAACGUCAGCGGCGCACCGAUAAAAAUCAAAGUCAAAUUUGACAGUGCCACUCACCCUAAACGAAAUUUUCGCAAAGAUACAAAUAUUUAUAACAAGUAAGUAUACAGUUGCAAAUGAAGUAAUUCUGCAUGUUUCUAAAUAGCGUAGUAAAAUAUGUCUAACUUCUUCCAAAGAAUGUACGUUACCCGAUCGUUACAAAAAAUAAAAUCAGAACAUGUAAUUA